AUGGCAGCAACAGAAACUGUAUCUGUAGUUUUAUUGCACUUUAAUUACAAUUUUUUUAUUCAUUUAAAUAACUUGAUUUACUACGCUCAUUCAUAUUUGUUGUAUUGGUGUAAAUUUUCACAGUGUGCUGGAAAAACCUGUUUGACCCAGAAUGUGGACUGGAUCCCGGCAGAGGAUUUGCAAGCAGGGGAGCGGGGAGGAAUAGAGGAUGCACCAGAGCCGAAGGACAAGGUCCAGGUCCUGAAGGAUCAGGUGGACGGAGUGACAAACAUCAUGACCCAGAAUGUGGACCGGAUCCUGGCACGAGGAGAAAGGCUGGAUAAUAUCAAGAAAAUAUCUGAGGAUUUGCAAGCAGGGGCUCAAAACUUCCACCGUACAGCCGUGAAAGUAUCCCGCUCUUACUGGUGGAAGAACGUCAAGCUGAUCGUAGUCAUCGUUGUGGUCAUGCUCAUCAUUGUUCUCAUCAUCAUCCUCCUGACAGUGCGC